AUGUACAAGUCUGAAAUAGAAACAUGUUCGACUGAAUCUGCCACAAAUGCUUCUUCCUCGCAACAUCUUGAAAUAGAAACAAGUUAUAUGUCAAACGACACAUCAAGAUUGGUAAAGAAGAAAAAGACGACCACAAAGGCAUUAGUGAAGCGUCUACUAGGUGUUGUGGGUGACUUAAGUUCUAAAGUAGACCGUGUAUUACAAAAAAAAGAUGAACCAUACACAAAUGUUGAACCAAACAGAGGGUUUCGAGAGGAGGAAGAGGUACUCAAGGUUUGGAGGGGGAAUUUGGGCCUCUACCUACGCAUGUUGAGCCUUCAUCGGAUGUGGGUGAACAUCACACAAAAGAAAUGA